AUGGAGAACGCAGUGCAUCCUGUGCAGAGGCUGCCGGCGCCUUGGGUGUUGGGUGCUGAGAGCUACAUGCUCUUCCUCAGGUUGAGGGAGUUGCCGAGGGGUUUGUAUGAUGGACUUGAGGAGGCGUGGGGAGAUGAUGGGUUGGGGACUUUUGAGGGGGGGUUGGGUGCUGUGGUAAUUGUUAGGUAUACGGAUACGCCUGUUGGGCCCUACGACGAGCUGAUGCUCAUCCCAGGCAACUUCAGCGUCCCCCAGCCCCCCAACAGCCCCCUCAAGAUCCCCAAGAAAGCUCUCCGCAUCGCCCGCAUCUACGUCUCCCAACGCACCACAACCUACAACGGCCGCCUGAACUGGAACAUCCCCAAGCACCUCGCGCGUUUCUCCUUCUCCGCCCCAGCCACCCCCCGCGGCGCCGCCCCACCCAAGGACCUCACUGUCAGCGUCUUCCCGCCCGGCACCGAAGACGGCGAUGCCGUGCAGCCGUUCUUCGCGUGCAGACUUACCCCGUGGAAAUACGUCCCUGCUGUUCCCGUGAAUAUGGGGUGGCUGCCUAUCAGCACGACGCACGUCCAGCCGCCCAUCCCAGAGUCGGCGGGCCACAAGCGCGCGGUGGCGGCGGAGCUGCAGGCUCAGGGGCGCGGAGCGGCUGUUGAUCCGUAUGAUAUCAGCUCGAAGAACGAGGUUGCGGUUGCGGUGGGGACGGAGCGGUGGUGUGCGUUUGGUAUUGGUGGGAGGGGGCGCAGGGCGAGGGGUUGUUGGGUCGAGGUUCUGCAUAAUGGUGCGGAGGUGGGGGAAGAGAAGAGCUACUGGCCGCAGGGACUGCGGCCGUGGCGUUUUGGUGGGUGGAUCGAGGAUGCGGUUUUUGAGAUUGAGGAGCCGGUGGAGUGGAAAUUGUAG